CUUUGCGCUGGGUAGAUUAUGUUGAAACAUGCUUACAAUGUAAGGCUGGAUGGAAACGCUGUCGAUAGAAAAACUACGACUCUGAUAAGUCGCUCCAUCUUCAUUAUCAUCAACCCUUUCCACACCUGGUAUCUUGAUUCCGUUCCGCCCUCCCCGUCUCUGCGCAGGGGUCCAGCUAUUAUACAGAUUAAAACCAAGUAGACCU